UAAACCUAAACCGAAUCCAUGGAAGACAUAUUUCAGACGAUUUCGUGGGGUUUAAACGAGCCUCGUCACUCUCAGAAACGCCCCACCGAAAGCUGCUCUGAAGAUGGUGAAGAGGAUUGGAGAUCAACUUCUCCGUCGCUACAAGUAUGGGAUCCAGGAUCCUUACUGUAUCCCAACUGGGUUCAGGGCCAGAAUCAACCUGCAAUAAGCAGUGGGAUUGUCCCAAGCCAGAUCAGUAAUGUUAGCACACCCCAAGCAUUUCAAUCUCCAGACAUGUCCACCGGUUCAGUUUUGAAACGGAACCUUUCAAGCUUACAUGGAUCAGAACGAGCUCAGAGGAAAAGGAAAAUCGAUCAGGCAUAUCGGGCAAGAUGCAGGAGUCUCAAAAUGGAAAUGCAAUUUAAUAUGGAGAACCUUAAAGGAGAAAAUGAUUCUUUAAUGAAAGAGAAUGAAUCCCUAAAAGAUGCUAAUUCUCUGAUGAAUCAAACUUUGAGAGAUCAAGAAAAAGAGAUUGAGCAAUUGAGGAGUGAUCUUCUUCAGAUUAAGUGCGAGUAUGAGAAGCAAAAUGUUCUUGUGCGAACACUUUCAGGGCUUUUAGCUGAUCCAAUGAGGCUCGAAAACGAGAAGUUAAAAGAUGAAAAUGCAUCAUUGAGGAAGAAUGCCAAUCUUAAUAGUAACUUACCACAACUUGCAGAGGAGAAUGCAAAAUUAAGAAUUGAAAAUAAAGUAUUCAAGGUGCAGAAUGAUGCUUUAUGUGGGAAGAUUAUCAGUGGACAGUGAC